AUGCACAUAGCAGGUGCAGGCAUCCAGGUCCUGGCCAGCCGGGACCUCCUUGCACAGAAGCCAGUGCCUGCAGGGAGUAAAGAUGCCAGACUGGAGGAUGUUUUGCUGAGCCUAGGCUCUGUCAUCGACAUUGUGGGCUUGCAACAGGCUGUCAAGGAGGCCCUCUCAGCCGUGCUUCCCAGAGUGGAGACUGUCUACACCUACCUUCUGGACAGAGAGUCCCGGCUGGUGUGUGAGGACCCCCACCAUGAGCUGCCCCAGGAGGGGAAAGUCCGAGAGGCUGUGAUCUCCCGGAAGCGGCUGGGCUGUAAGGGACUGGGCCCCUCCGACCUGCCAGGGAAGCCUUUGGCCAGGCUGCUGGCUCCCCUGCCUCCUGACUCCCAAGUGCUGGUCAUACCGCUGGUGGACAAGGAGGCUGGGGCUGUGGCUGCCGUCAUCUUGGUGCACUGUGGCCAGCUGAGUGACGGUGAAGAGUGGAGCCUGCAAGCUGUGGAGAAGCAUGCCCUGGUGGCCCUGCGAAGGGUGCAGGCCCUGCAGCAGCGCGGGCCCAGCGCGGCCUCCGAAGCGGUCCAGAACUCCCCCGCGGGCUCGGCCGGAGACGAGAAGGGCGGGGUUGCAUACACCGACCAGGACCAAAAGGUCCUGCAGCUCUGCGGGGAGCUCUACGACCUGGAUGCUUCUGCCCUACAGCUCAAAGUCCUCCAGUUCCUGCAGCAGGAAACCCGGGCAUCCCGCUGCUGCCUCCUGCUGGUGUCCGAGGACAAUCUCCAGCUUUCCUGUAAGGUCUUCGGAGAUAAAGUGCUAGAGGAAGAGAUUAGCUUUCCGUUGACAACCGGACGUCUGGGCCAGGUGGUAGAAGACAAGAAGCCUAUCCAGCUGAAAGAUCUCACCUCUGAGGAUGUGCAGCAGCUCCAGAGCAUGUUGGCCUGCGAGUUGCAGGCCAUGCUCUGUGUCCCUGUUAUCAGCAGGGCCACUGACCAAGUGGUGGCCUUGGCCUGCGCCUUCAACAAGCUUGGAGGAGACUUGUUCACAGACCAGGACGAGCAUGUGAUCCAGCACUGCUUCCACUACACAAGCACAGUGCUCACCAGCACCCUGGCCUUCCAGAAGGAACAGAAGCUCAAGUGUGAGUGCCAGGCCCUUCUCCAAGUGGCAAAGAACCUGUUCACUCACCUGGAUGACGUCUCUGUCCUGCUUCAGGAGAUCAUCACAGAGGCCAGAAACCUCAGCAAUGCUGAGAUCUGCUCUGUGUUCCUGCUGGAUCAGAAUGAGCUGGUGGCCAAGGUGUUUGAUGGGGGCGUGGUGGAUGAUGAGAGCUAUGAGAUCCGCAUCCCGGCUGACCAGGGCAUCGCGGGCCACGUGGCAACCACCGGCCAGAUCUUGAACAUCCCUGAUGCGUACGCGCACCCGCUUUUCUACCGCGGUGUGGACGACAGCACUGGCUUCCGCACGCGCAACAUCCUCUGCUUCCCCAUCAAGAAUGAGAACCAGGAGGUCAUCGGUGUGGCAGAGCUGGUGAACAAGAUCAAUGGGCCUUGGUUCAGCAAGUUCGACGAGGACCUGGCGACAGCUUUCUCCAUCUACUGUGGCAUCAGCAUUGCCCAUUCCCUCCUGUACAAAAAAGUGAAUGAGGCCCAGUAUCGCAGCCACCUAGCCAACGAGAUGAUGAUGUACCACAUGAAGGUUUCUGAUGAUGAAUACACCAAACUCCUCUAUGAUGGGAUCCAGCCUGUGGCUGCCAUUGACACCAACUUUGCCAGUUUCACCUACACCCCUCGCUCUCUGCCUGAGGAUGACACUUCCAUGGCCAUCCUGAGCAUGCUGCAAGACAUGAAUUUCAUCAAUAACUACAAAAUUGACUGCUCAACCCUGGCCCGGUUCUGUUUAAUGGUGAAGAAGGGCUACCGGGAUCCCCCCUACCACAACUGGAUGCACGCCUUCUCUGUCUCUCACUUCUGCUACCUGCUCUACAAGAACCUGGAGCUCACCAACUACCUCGAGGACAUCGAGAUUUUUGCCUUGUUUGUUUCCUGCAUGUGUCAUGACCUGGACCACAGAGGCACGAACAACUCCUUCCAGGUGGCCUCGAAAUCUGUGCUGGCCGCGCUCUACAGCUCUGAGGGCUCCGUCAUGGAGAGGCACCACUUCGCUCAGGCCAUCGCCAUCCUCAACACACAUGGUUGCAACAUCUUCGAUCACUUCUCCCGGAAGGACUAUCAGCGCAUGCUGGACCUGAUGAGGGACAUCAUCUUGGCCACAGACCUGGCCCACCACCUCCGCAUCUUUAAGGACCUCCAGAAGAUGGCUGAAGUGGGCUACGACAAAACCAACAGGCACCACCACAGCCUCCUCCUCUGCCUCCUCAUGACCUCCUGUGACCUCUCAGACCAGACCAAGGGCUGGAAGACAACAAGGAAGAUCGCAGAGCUGAUCUACAAAGAAUUCUUCUCCCAAGGAGACUUGGAGAAGGCCAUGGGCAACAGGCCGAUGGAGAUGAUGGACCGUGAGAAGGCCUACAUCCCCGAGCUGCAGAUCAGCUUCAUGGAGCACAUUGCAAUGCCCAUUUACAAGCUGUUGCAGGACCUGUUCCCCAAGGCAGCAGAGCUGUAUGAACGUGUGGCCUCUAACCGUGAGCACUGGACCAAGGUAUCCCACAAGUUUACCAUCCGCGGCCUCCCAAGCAACAACUCGCUGGACUUCCUGGAUGAGGAGUACGAGGUGCCUGAGUUAGAUGGCACGGGGGCCCCCAUCAAUGGCUGUUGCAGCCUUGAUGCUGAGUGAGCCCCUUCUAGGACCCUUCCCCACCCAGGCCUCCUCCCACAACCCUCCACUGGUCUGGCCCGAUGCCCUAGGACCAGAGCCACGGGUUCUGGAUUCUAGACCGGAACAUCCUGUGUGAUCCUGGGCAAGUGCUGACCUCUGGACCUCCCUUCUUGUCUGUAUAAUGGAAGCAAGGCUUCCAGCCUCACCAAGACUUAGUCAUUUGUCCUCUGAGAACACAGGGUGACCACUGAGCAGUAGGCCUGCUCUGCACCUCCGACCGCACUUUGGCCAGUCCUCCCCGAGCCAGUCCUUCUCUGAAGCAGCCGAGCUGCUUUCUCCUGGGCCCUACCCCAUCAGAUACAUGCCCUUUUCCUCCCUCUAGGAUCCUCACUCAAGGAGACAGUGGAACAUCUCAGUGAGCAGAGGGUAGGUCUUAGAAACAGUCGUGAGCUCUGCUGGAGGACUAGAAAUAGCCAUAGGGCCGAAGGUGCCCCUGAGGACCACCACUGUACUCACGGUGGGCUUUGGGGCAGCCCCACAAGGGAGCUGCCAGAGGGGUGGUUCAGUGGGAGACAGGGCUCAGGAAGAGAGCAGGAGGGAAUGGUGGGUGGGGAGGCUCCCUGGGCUGGGAGACAAGCUCCAGUUGAGUCAACAAUGCUUCCUCCUGGCUGUGUGGCCCUGAGCAAGUCCCUUCUCCUAUCUGGGUGACACAGGAGGGAGAGACAGUUCAUUCUCUAAGACCCCUCUUAGAUUAAAGUGUCCUAGCUCUGUGGAGCCCUGGGAGAGGCCAUGGAAUGUCCCUGCCACCUUAGGGCUGAGAGCCAACCCCCAGUCCCUCAGUAGUCCCCUGAGUGUACUCCCAUAGCCUGAGCCCCUCCCCGUUCCUGCAGCCAGAGAAGGACCUGGCCUCCGCCCUGGCAGGGCUUCUCCCUUCUUUAAGGCCAUAUCUACCCAUGCCCCAGGGCUUGGGAGACCCCACAGGGCUGGGCUUCUUGAGUCAGACCAGUUCCCUUACCUGUUUUGUUCUGUAUGUGUUGUGGGGUGGAGGGAGGGGGGCCACCUGCCUUACCUAUUCUGAGUUGCCUUUAGAGAGAUGUGUUUUUUUAGGACUCUGUGUACCUGUUGUAUAUGGUCCUGUGGGCUGACCGCUUUGUACAUGAGAAUAAAUCUAUUUCUUUCUACCAA